CACUCAUCCUACAAACCGCACCGGAGACAUGCGCGACGCGUUCGAUAGCUCCAGGGCAAGUUUCCGACUCGGAAUGCCGCAUGCGCAAACUCGGAAUGAGUGUGCCGCAGACACAUUCAAUGCGGACUCGGGCAUGCGAUCGCGUUGAUUUCCUCAUUCACAUGUACUGAAGCUUAUACAUUCUUCUCCGAUCCACCAAACACUUCACGUCUUCUACAACUGCCUCGCCUUUGAUACCUCAAGCUGCAGUUCAUCUAUCCCACUAAAGAACGACACCGUCCCCUCCCAGAACAACCACAACCCAACCGCCACGAUGCCAAUCCCCAAAUCCACGAUACCUGACAAAAAAACCAUGCUUCCCCCCGGCGUCUACACCCCCGUAAUAACCCUGUACAAGCCCACCAAAGCCCAGGAAAUCGACCUCGACGCCAUGUACACGCACUGCCAAUUCCUCGUCCGCGGCGGCCAACACGGGCUCGUGUACUCGGGCACAAACGGCGAAGCCGUCCUACUCUCGCGCUCGGAGAAACAAGAUAUCCUGCGCAUGGCGCGGCGCGCAGUCACAGAUCUAGGAGUGCCGUCUUAUCCCAUCGUCGCCGGCAUCAGCGGACAGAGCACAAACGAGAGCAUCGAACUCGCACACGAUGCGGCUGCGGCGGGUGCGAGUUUUGGGCUGCUGCUGCCGCCGAGCUACUGGGCGAAGGCGGUGAGCGAGGAGGCGCUGUUGGGGUUCUAUAGGGAUGUUGCGGAUGCGUCGCCGAUUCCUGUGGUUGUGUACAAUUUCCCAGCCGUCACCUCCGGCAUCGACCUCAACUCGGACGACCUGGCCGCCCUCGCCGCACACCCCAACAUCGUCGCCGUGAAGCUGACCUGCAUGAACGUCGGCAAAGCCAUCCGCCUCGCGUCCAAGUUCUCGCCCCAGCAGUUCUCCGUUUACGGCGGGUCCUCGGACUUCCUGGUCCCGACGCUCGAGGGCGGCGGCGUCGGCUGCGUAACCGGCAUGGGCAACGUCUUCCCCAAAUCCACCGCACGCGUCUACGAUCUCUGGACCUCGGGCAAAAAAGAGGAAGCCCGCGCGCUGCAGGAAGUCGUCGCCAACGCAGAGUGGGCGUGCAAGAAGUCCCUCGCGUUGACGAAGUGGGCGGCUGGGCACUUCGCGGGGAGGCAAAUCGGGCUCGACGACGCGAAGACGUUUUUCCCGCGGAGACCGUACUUGCCUGCAGGUGAGAAGAUGCAGCAGUGGACGGUGGAGGUGAUGGGCGUGCUGGAAGAGGAGGAGAGGAAGAUCGAGGACAAGGUGUUUGGGGGUAAGGCGGUGAAUGGAGUAAAAUGAGCUGUCUCGAGCAUGAGUGGUUGCCGAUGUUCAAGAGCGAUUUAUAGUGAACCGUAAAACGAUCGUUUCCAGGGUUGCAAAAGAGAUAGCAGGCAUAUCGAUG